ACUUAAUUAAGUCCUUCUCUGAAUCUCAUCCUCUAUCUAUCUCUCUCUCUCUCUCCCUCUCUCUGGUCUGGUCUCUCCAUCUCUAUCUGCUGUGUUUGAACUUUGGAGGUAGAGUAAAGCAUGCCUGCUUGGUGGGGAAGGAAGUCUCACAAGAACACCAAAGAACUUAAAACAGCAGCCCCAGCCCCAGCCCCGGAAGAAGAACAACAGAACCACGAUCACAUCAAAGCUUCUUCAGUUAAGAACGAUAAGAAGAAGAAGAAGAAUAAGAGCAAGGAAAAGCCCAAGAGCUUCGAUGAAGUCUCUCCGAUUCUUAACUUUCGUAACUCGGCCAGGACUGCCAAGGAUUUUGGUGGGUCUUGCGGCUCCGAUUCCGAUGGCCACUGUGGUGGUGGUGUAGUUUCCGUGAAGAAAGGUCAUCCUUUGCCUCUCCCGUCCGUGUCCUCGGCGCCGUCGCUGGUAAUUGAUCAUGGACUUGGCUCGGGGUCUAGGUCUGGGUCGGUCUCGGUUUCCAGUGUUAGCUCGUCUGGGUCUUUGGAUGAUGCUCCCCCUGUUAUUGGUUCCUUCGGCAAUUCCAGAGCACAUGGUGAAAACAAGUUAAACUUGAGAUCAAGAAGCCCAGGUCCAGGAUCAAGAGGGCCGACCGCUCCCACAUCACCUUUACAUCCACGGCUAUUUUGUACAAGUAUGGAUUCUCCAACAGGAAAGCAAGAGGAUGAGAUAACUUUAUGUCAUCCACUUCCACUUCCUCCAGGUUCUCCUACUAAUCGUUGCACUUCACCCACUAUAAGAAGUAAUGGAGCCAAUGAAAGCACACAUUGUCUUCACUCAAAAUGGAAGAAAGGAAAGCUCCUAGGAAGAGGGACAUUUGGGCAUGUUUACGUUGGAUUUAAUAGUGAAAAUGGACAAAUGUGUGCUAUAAAGGAAGUCAAGGUCAUUUCUGACGAUCAAACCUCAAAAGAAUGUCUCAAGCAACUGAACCAGGAGAUACAAUUGCUUAGUCAACUGUCACACCCAAACAUUGUUCAGUACUAUGGAAGUGAACUGGGGGAAGAGACGCUCUCUGUUUAUUUGGAGUAUGUCUCUGGAGGCUCCAUUCAUAAAUUACUUCAGGAAUAUGGUCCCUUUAAGGAACCGGUUAUACAAAGUUACACCAGGCAGAUUCUUUCUGGGCUUGCCUACUUACAUGGAAGGAAUACUGUGCACAGGGAUAUUAAAGGGGCAAACAUACUUGUAGGUCCCAAUGGUGAAGUCAAGCUUGCAGACUUUGGCAUGGCUAAACAUAUUACAUCUUCUUCAGUGCUAUCUUUCAAAGGAAGCCCUUACUGGAUGGCACCCGAGGUUAUAAUGAAUAAUUCCAGUGGCUACAGCCUAGCAGUGGAUAUUUGGAGCCUGGGUUGUACAAUUUUUGAAAUGGCAACAUCUAAACCACCUUGGAGUCAAUAUGGAGGGGUGCCUGCGAUAUUUAAAAUUGGUAACAGCAAAGACAUUCCUGAAAUUCCAGAUCACCUUUCUAGCGAUGCAAAGAGUUUUCUGAGGCUCUGCCUGCAAAGGGAUCCAUCUGCACGUCCUACAGCUGCACAGUUAAUGGAUCACCCUUUCAUCCGAGACCAAGCUGCUUCAAAAGUUGCCAACGUCAAUGUAACUAAUGAUGCUCCCCGAUCUUCCUUUGAAUGCAGCCACACACCGCAGACAACCUCAGAGUUCCGUCCCAACAGAAUAAAUAUCUCCAUGCCUCAAAGAGAUUAUAUGGCAACACAACUAGCGACAUCUUCAAGAGCCUUCAAGUGCAAUAGUGAUAGCAUCAGAGUGAAUUUGUCAUUGCCAGUAUCUCCCUGUUCAAGUCCAUUGCGAAACUAUGGACCAGCAUACAAGAGCUGUUUUUUGUCUCCUCCUCAUCCAGCUUAUACAUUUGUGGGACAAAGUGAGUAUGGUCUGAAUAAUUAUUCAAUGCUGCCAACAAGACCAACAACUAAUUACACUGCUGAUCCCUGGGAAGACUUCCUCCAUUCAAGAACCCAAACACCUGGUGGGUCGCCCAGAUUAAGACCCAAUUGAGACAUGCUUGGGAGGACACUGUGUAUAGGCUUCUUUCCUGAUGAUUCUGAAUUCCUCCUGGGUUGAAAUGGCCUUGUCUUCUAGGAUUUGGUACCCAACCUUUUUUUUUUGCAUUGAAACUGCGAAUGGCGCAAUGCAAAGGAUUGUAAAUGGAUUUGUCUUCUUCAUUCGCGUCCAAGCAGAUGAAUCUUUAAGGUCAUCAACAUUGAGAGUCGUGGUUGAACUUGGAGAGGGAAACUAUUGAGGUUGAUGUAACUUUACUGUCGGGGCAAAAGGGGAUUCGGGCUGCUGACUUGCUGGAUGUUAUGACCUCUUCUUCCAUGGCUAAAACCGUUGUAGCUCAAAGAUAGUCCAAAAUUUAUGUAGAAAAAAAAAAUUGUGCAUAAAAAAAUCGCUUUUCUGUCCCUCUUUUAUCCUUCAA